ACAUAACCCGGAUGAGACUGAGCUUCCGGUGUCUGUAGCUGGAUGAGUUUAUUCUCCCGUAGCGCCGGAGGAAGAGCAGGAUCAGCGCUGGGUGUUAAUCUACACAGAUUUCUCCCAUAAAAACCGUUUAUUUGGAAAUUCAUCCCCAAUAACCAGGAUAUUUAACUAAGAGCAAUGUGAAAUUACUGAAAGAGGUGAAGCACAAGCCAUCCAGAAGAAUCUCCAGAACACGCAGAAACUGUUUGAUACGUUUAACAGACAAAUGAAACCAAGUCCCGACAUGGAGAAUCUUCAGCACUCUGUCAAGAGUUUUAUUAAACAGAGUGAUCUCAAAAAUCACCAGCGCGUUCACACAGGAGAGAAGCCGUAUCACUGCUCAGACUGUGGAAUGAGUUUUAAUCAACAGAGUACUCUCAAACAACACCAGCGCAUUCACACAGGAGAGAAACCGUAUUACUGCUCAGACUGUGGGAAGAGUUUUACUCAACAGAGUACUCUCAAAAAACACCAGCGCAUUCACACAGGAGAGAAACCGUAUUACUGCUCAGACUGUGGGAAGAGUUUUAUUCAACAGAGUACUCUCAAAAAACACCAGCGCAUUCACACAGGAGAGAAACCGUAUUACUGCUCAGACUGUGGGAAGAAUUUCAGUACACAUGGUAAUCUCAAAAUGCACCAGCGCAUUCACACAGGAGAGAAACCGUAUCACUGCUCAGACUGUGGGAAGAGUUUUAAUCUACAGAGUACUCUCAAACUGCACCAGCGCAUUCACACAGGAGAGAAACCAUAUUACUGCUCAGACUGUGGGAAGAGUUUUAAACAACUGGGGACUCUCAAACUGCAUCAGCGCAUUCACACAGGGGAGAAACCGUAUCAGUGCUCAGACUGUGGCACGAGUUUUAAUCAACAGAGUAAUCUCAAAAAACACCAGCGCGUUCACACAGGAGAGAAACCGUAUCACUGCUCAGACUGUGGGAAGAGUUUUAAUCAACAGAGUGAUCUCAAAAUACACCGCCGCAUUCACACAGGAGAGAAACUGUAUUACUGCUCAGACUGUGGGAAGAGUUUUACUCAACAGAGUACUCUCAAAAAACACCAGCGCAUUCACACAGGAGAGAAACCGUAUUACUGCUCAGACUGUGGGAAGAAUUUCAGUACACAUGGUAAUCUCAAAAUGCACCAGCGCAUUCACACAGGAGAGAAACCGUAUCACUGCUCAGACUGUGGGAAGAGUUUUAAUCUACAGAGUACUCUCAAACUGCACCAGCGCAUUCACACAGGAGAGAAACCAUAUUACUGCUCAGACUGUGGGAAGAGUUUUAAACAACUGGGGACUCUCAAACUGCAUCAGCGCAUUCACACAGGGGAGAAACCGUAUUACUGCUCAGACUGUGGGAAGAGUUUUACUCAACAGAGUCAUCUCAAACUGCACCAGCGCAUUCACACAGGAGAGAAACCGUAUCAGUGCUCAGACUGUGAGAAGAGUUUUACUACACAGAGUGAGCUCAAAAAUCACCAGCGCAUUCACACAGGAGAGAAACCGUAUCACUGCUCAGUCUGCGGGAAGAAUUUUAAUCAUCAGAGUAAUCUCAAAAAACACCAGCGCAUUCACACAGGAGAGAAACCGUAUCACUGCUCAGACUGUGGGAAGAGUUUUACUCAACAAAGUACUCUCAAAAUACACCAGCGCAUUCACACAGGAGAGAAACCGUAUCACUGCUCAGACUGUGGGAAGAAUUUCACUACACGGGGUAAUCUCAAAAUACACCAGCGCAUUCACACAGGAGAGAAACCGUAUUACUGCUCAGAGUGUGGGAAGAGUUUUAAUCUACAGAGUCAUCUUGAACUGCACCAGCGCAUUCACACAGGAGAGAAACCGUAUUACUGCUCAGACUGUGGGAAGAGUUUUAAUCAACAGAGUACUCUCAAACUACACCAGCGCAUUCACACAGGAGAGAAAUCAUAUUACUGCUCAGACUGUGGGAAGAGUUUUAAUCGCCUGGGGACUCUCAAACUGCAUCAGCGCAUUCACACAGGAGAGAAACCGUUUCACUGCUCUGACUGUGGAAAGUGUUUUACUCAACAGAGUAAUCUCAAACUGCAUCAGCGCAUUCACACAGGAGAGAAACCGUAUCACUGCUCAGACUGUGGGAAAAGCUUUAAUCAACAGAGUACUCUCAAUCUGCACCAACGCAUUCACACAGGAGAGAAAUCCUAUUACUGCUCAGACUGUGAAAAGAGUUUUAAUCGCCUGGGGACUCUCAAACUGCACCAGCGCAUUCACACAGGAGAGAAACCGUUUCACUGCUCAGACUGUGGGAAGUGUUUUAGUCAACAGAGUAAUCUCAAAAUACACCAACGCAUUCACACAGGAGUGAAACCGUAUUACUGCUCAGACUGUGAGAAGAGUUUUACUACACAGAGGAAACUCAAAAAACACCAGUGCAUUCACACAGGAGAGAAAACUCACAAAUCUGUUCCAAGACAAUUAAAAGUGUGAAUCGGAAAUCUUUCAGACAGAACACCUUAUCCUACACAAAUGUUUCACUUUGUCACUUGGGACAUGUUCCACCAGAAACAAACAUGAACUGAAUUUAACAAUGGAUUUUACAGGUUUAGCAAAAUGAUUAUUAUCCAGGAAUUAUGUUUAUUGAAUUCCAUGUUAUGUUUUUUCGUAUGUUUGAUAUUCCAGGACAUUCUUCGUGAGACAGAGCUCAGUUUUUAGGGUAUUUACGGUAGGAGUUCAGUUCUGAAGAAGGGAAGGACGUUCGAGGUCGAGCAAGGAUAUAAGUGCACCAGAUAUUAGAUUAGCAUAACUUAGUCUUUAAAAUUUAGAUGUCGUAGUUGUUAGAAGUAGAGUAGGAUUCUUAGCUUGUAACUAAACGUUUAGGACCAGCCCUUCAGCGCUUAUGCCUAGAAGGUUUUAAAUGCAUUUAAUCUCUUUUCUAGUAUAUGCAGAGUAUAUAUCUAGUAUAUUGCCUGUCCCUGACUACCUUUGUUUGCCUAGUCCUGUGAAUAAACCUGUUUACUAAUCUGCGCUUGUCUCCCCAGGUCCUGGUAUUCGUCACACAUUUACUCCUCAUAAUAAAUAAUCAAUGCUUCACUUUGUGAUGGUCACCAUGCAUAUUCAAACUUUACAAUGCAAGUUAACACUGUUCAAGAAUUUACACCAAAUUGAUACAACCUUUUUAACCUUUCUAAGUUAAACAGCAAAAUGUAUUUCGUUAUGAAAAGUCACUUCAAACUA